AUGGUCAAGGCCAUGUCCCCAAGCAGCCAGGGGGAGAUAGAGGAGAUGCAAGAAGUCCCUUAUCAAAAUGCUGUUGUUCAUUUGAUGUAUGCAAGUAAUAGGACGCGUCCUGACAUCACACAUGCAGUGAAUCGGGCAUGCCAGUUUGCAAACAAUCAUGGCAGACAACACUGGAUUGCAGUAAAGAGAAUCUUAAGGUAUCUCAAAGGUACAAGUUCACUAAAGUUGAGAUUUACAAAGUCAAAAGACACCAGCUUGAAAGUAUUCUGUGAUGCCGACUGGCGGUCAGAUGAGGACGAUCGAUGUUCCUACACUGCAUACUUGUUUGCAUUAGCAGGCACAGCCGUCAGCUGA